AUGAAAAUUGAUGGUGAAAUUUUCAAGCUAAAAAUACCAGCAGUAGCUUUGGACGUGCUUAAAGAUUAUCCAGGUUAUGUGUUACUGGAACAUGAAGCAGUGAAGAGGUUUGGAAUUCGAGCUCAGCCAUUAGAGCCCGGACAGGAGCUCAAGUCCAAUAGGAUUUAUUUUCUUGUAGACCUGCCAAAGCUUCCAGAGGAAAAGGUGCCUAGAAGGACAAGAUCUGCUGUUGCUGUGAGCGCCAAGGACAGGCUUGAAUUCCUCAAGUUAAAGCAAAGAUCAGCUUCUCAUCUUUCUGUCACGAGUUCCAGUACAGGCCCUGUUAGGGUUAAGAUGAGGCUUCCAAGGUCCCAGAUUGAAAAAUUGAUGGAGGAAAGCAGAGAUGAAGUUGAGAUAACAGAGAAAAUUCUUGAUCUUUGUUAUCAGAAUUCGGACAAAGAGAAGGCUCAGUUGAGGACCAAGCUUCGGGUACUCAGUUAG